AUGUCGACUCCGACGAAUCCAUCGAAUGCUCGCACUCCAACCGGCCCAAAUGGUGCACCGCUGAUGAGGAUGCGUCGUCCAAAAGCAGCGGAUCCUUUGGUUCGACCGAAGAGAAGGCCUGUUCCCAGACCAGCUGGCGCCACUCCUGCCGGCAAUGGAGUAGCCACCAAGACUCUUCCUUCACGACCGCAAAGGCCCCACAACCAGGCAAUCUUCCCGUCCGAGCGACCUAUGCUUGAGCUUUCAAACAACCACAUGGCAGCGAAUGGAUUCAGCGGUCCUUUGCUCAGUGAUAAAUAUGUUGAUUACCCGGUGGUGACGACAAAGCGAGCUCUGAUGGAGGGACUGAAGCACCACAUCGCGCGAUUUGCCUCGAAGAAAAGCGUUGACCCACGUGAUGAAUCACAAUUUACGCGACCAGUCCGACUUCACCGCCGCGACCCACGUUCACGAACUCAUGAUCCAAAUUCGGGGAGAUCCGAGAUCGAUGGCCAGCCAAUGGAUGAAGCGGAACGCGAAGCCUUCGAUGCUCGCAAGGCAGCACGUGAAAAAGAGCGCGCUGAGAACCUUUCCCAAAUCGCCCCCGCCCUCGGCUCAACCUCGAAACGACCAAAUGCCCCAAAGCAGAAGACGCAGCAGGUUUUCAAGUCGGAUAUGACCCCCGAAGAAAUUGCACGAGCACGGAUCAAGUACGAAGAAGCCUUGCCAUGGCAUCUGGAGGAUUUCGAUAACCAGCACACUUGGGUUGGAAACUACGAAGCAGCCCUGUCCGAAACACAUGCGAUCUUUGUCCUCGACAACGGAAAGAUGAGAAUGAUACCGGCCGAAAAGUGGUACAAGUUUAACGCUAAGAGUAAUUUCAAGGCUUUGACGAUUGACGAAGCAGAGAAAUUCAUGGCUAAGAGAGUGAAAGACCCCCGAUGGUUCAUGGAGAAGCAGCAGCAGCUGGAGCAAGAAAAGGAACUGGAAACAUACGCCAAGCAGCGCAAAGUCUACGCCGGAAAACAGGGCACAACCGCCGGAAAGGGUGCGGGAUUGGAAGCUGGUGAAAUGGAUUUCGAAGAGGAUCGAUUUGCCGACGACGAAGAACAUGAUGACCUCUUCAAUGAGGAUGAAGAUGCCAAGGAUGCGGAAAAGAGGAUCAAAGAGGACCAGCUCAAGGCGAAUGUGUUCAAUCUCAAGGACGAGAAGGAAUAUGACGCUGAAGAAAUGCGAGAGAAACGUGAACGAGAGGCCCGGCGUGUGUUGGGCAAGGGUGUGCGCAAGGCUCUGAAGAGGAGAGAACGGAACUUUGAUUACAGCAGCGGUUCUGACGUCAAUCCGUACACAGAUGAGGAGAGCUCCGACGACAGCGAAACCGAACGGGCCAAGGAGGAAGAACGGAAGAAGGCAGAAGAAGAAAAGAACCAAAAAGAAGCGCUCUCCAAGGGAGGAAAUACUCCUUCCGGUCGACCCAAGCAUACAGACGCCCUGAAGAAAGCUUCAGCUGCUGGAUCACGGAAAAGGCUUGGAUCACCAAACGCUUCCGACGCGAGCGGCACCGAUACAUCUCGAAAGAAGGCCAAAAACAUGCAUCUCCCUGCGUCUCAACCCCCAUCGCGUCCGAUCUCUCCAUCCGCUUUGCAGGGCAAGAAACGCGUACGAAACAUUGCUGGUGGUGCUGGAUCUGGCAGUGAUGGCGACACUGCUGCCGGAUCUGGAGCUGAAAUGACCGAGGGUGGUAAGAUCAAGAAACUGAAACUCAACCCACCUACUUCGGUUUCUCGUGGCGGCACUCCACAAGGGUCUCGCGGCGCAAGUCCUUUGCCUCGACUCUCCGGAAGCCGUGCCAACAGCCCCGACGGCCCUAGAGGCCUUCGUAUGUCGACUCCAGUUUCUGGCAACCAGACGUUCCCGACAGCUGGCGAAAUCCACGCAGCCAUCCCAGCAUCUGGCAUCCUCAGCAGCGACCUCUUGAAGGUUUUCCGCCCUCGUAUUGGCGAAUCCAAGGAGAACCACCGGAGAUUCAUUGCCAUUGUCAAGGACGUCAGUGUUUAUGGAAAAGAGGAUCGGAUGCUGCGACCAGGCCCCUGGAAGGGCAACUGA